AUGGUCUUGCGCCUCUUGACUUUCAACAUAUGGUUUCAUCACCACCAGAUGGAGCGGCGGAUGAAGGCAAUUGGCGACAUCAUUGCUCGAACAGAGCCGGACUUGAUUGCUUUUCAAGAGAUGACACCAGCUCACUGGGAUUUGUUAUCAUCCCAUGAAGUCAUCAAAAUGUACAGCUGGUCAGACCCACCAAGGCAGCGCUACUACACCUUGAUUGGAAGCCGCAGCAACUUUGACAUUGUGAACACAUUUGAGAGAUUUCCUUUCAAGGCGAGCAGAAUGGGGAGAGACCUGCUGAAGGUGACAGUAAAGCCGCCAGAUUUGCCCGCAUUGGUUUUCGCAACGUCCCAUUUGGAAUCUUUGGACGAGUACCAGGCCAGGCGUCGCCAAAUCCAAGAGAGCUUGGAUGGUCAUUUGAAAGAUGCAGAGGACGCAAUUUUUUGCGGAGACACCAACGUCAACGAUGCCCUGGACGGUGACGUCCUGUUACCAAAAGGGUGGAAGGAUGCUUGGCUGGUGCUGCGACCAGAGGACGAAGGAUUCACUUUUGACGUUGAGCGGAACAGCAUGGUGGCCGAAAUGGACGACUGGGCUUUCAAGAAUCAGGCCAGGCUACGCUACGAUCGCUUUUGGAUCAAAGUGUCCAACUAUGCACCUGUUGCUAUCGAGCUCCUUGAUGAGCAGAUCGAGGAGAAGCUUUGGCCCAGUGAUCACUUCGCAGUGCUCCUCUCUAUGGAGGAGUGGCGGCAACACUAUGGAGACCAGAGCCAGCAGAAGAGCCAGCGUGAUUGCGAGGUAUUGCUGAAUGACUCGAUCAUUUUGUUGAGGAUCUUUCGCCGCGUUUUGUACCAAGGGCUUCUUCAAGCUCUUGUGCUUCGAUUGGCGCGAGCAGAACGGCCGUAUCUGCGACAGGAGCUGGUAGUAGUCUUUGCCAGGCUACUACAUGAGGACUUGAAUGGCUCCCUGAAUGCCCUGGCCAACAUGGAGGUGAAUGGUUCCACUGGUGGUCUCCAAUUGCUGAUGUCUACAUGGCUUGCUUGCGCGCCAGAGAUUCGGGCUCGCAGAGCGCGCAAUAUCACAGUCUCAGCACUCUGCCGCGUGCACGAGCGCUGCAAAGAGGAUGCGCAGUUGCAGAGCCAACUUGGCGAGGCAGCAAGACCAGAUCGGUUGCUUCAAGCCAUUCUAGCUGGCUUGGAGUUCGAGAAUUUGCGCUGCAGUCAGCUACGGGACGCUGGUGCCAAAGCGUUGGACGAAGACUCAGACGAUGAAGACGAGGAUGCGGAGGAGGACAAGGAGCAUAAGCACAACGUUUUCUUGUCAGACUUUUUGGACCUGGAGGACAUAGACUCUGAUGGAUCUGAUGCGGCUGAUGCUUUUCAGGCGUGCUCACGUUUGUUCACUGAAACGGCAGCUGUUGCAUCGUACCAAAUUUUACCAAGGCAACUUGGCAAAUUGCAGCAGUGGCAUGCAGUGUCUGAAGAAUUGGAGCGAGCCCGCACAACACGCCCUCCCAAUGGUGUCUUGGGAGAACUUAGCAGGGUCGAGAACCCCAAAGUGUUGAAGCAACAAUGCUUUUUCCUUGCGAGAACACGGGAGGUUUGGAGCUUUAAGAAAUUUGGGGCUGUUUGUUCGGUUUUGGUCGCCAAAACUUUCGUAAGGGAAGGAUGGCUUCCCCAAAACCAGGCUUUGGAGGUUGUUGAGAUCAGAAUUCUGUUCGGUCUUCUUUGCCUGCUGAUGACUGGCGGACAAAAGGUGACCAAAGGCGCGUAUGGGAGCUGUGCCCAGUGGCAACGUGCACUCAGCGUUUUGCGGGACAUGCAAAGAGAAGACCUUGAGCCCAACGUCGUGAGCUUCAGUGCGGCAAUGAGUGCUUGUGAAAAGGGGUGCCGCUGGGAGAUUGCCAUGAUCCUCUUGUCUCAGAUGCCGGAGGCUCAGGUUCAGCCCAACGCCAUUUCCUUUGGAACUGCCUUGAGCUCGCUGGCAAAAGGCGAAGCUUGGGAAGAAGCACUGGAGCUACUAUGUGAGCUGCCAUAUAGAGGCAUCGAAACAGGCAUGAUCAG